AUGGAUCGCGUUCCGGCAGCGGUUAAUGUUCAUGUAGAUUUUGAGAGAAUAACCACAACAGCUCAGACUAUUGUUAAAGAGACAGUUACUAAGCUGAAGAAACCGAACAAACAAUUCUUCCUGAUUGAGUAUUGGAAUCAUUUUGUAGCUCAUCUCCCACCUCUACCAGCCUGGACCAAAAUCUCACCAGAGAGCAAAGGCUUAGCAUAUGCUAUCGUCACAAUCGUGCCGAUUAUUCUUGUCAUUCUUUGUAUUAUUAUUCAAAGCUGUUCCGGAAGCUCUGCUCCCCGAACAUCCCGCAGGAGAAAAUCCCGUCACCGAAGUAGAAGUUCAACUACAAGAGGAAAAACGUACGCAUAA